UUCACCGUAUUACUCUCAAAGCAAUGUUUUACAAGAGUCUAUUCAAAGCUGCCGACGUGCCACUGGAACAGUAUUACGAAGAUUACGAGUACGCGACGCGAGAUAGUCAGUCUAAAUUUUCAUACCACGUUCUGAGCCACUUGUCCGACAUUUACAACUUCAGCUUACACUCUCGAGAAUCCCCUCUGUGGAGCAAAGGGGACGUCGUGGGUCCGAUCGAACGGGCUCUGACGAACCGUGAAAUCGAUAUUACGGGCACUCCCAUAAGCUUCAACAUUCGUCGACUACAGGUACUAAAGUACGUCCAUCAAGACUGGCCCUUCAGGAGCUGUUUUUUCUUUCGAAACCCUGAAUCAGCGGUCAUCCAAGUGGGCGAAGUGCUCCGUCCACUCGCCAAUGAAGUUUGGUAUCUCACGAGCUUUUCUAUGUUGGUGAGUGUCGCUAUCGUAUCGAUGGCUUUGCGCCACGAUUGCACGCAGCCUGGUAUCACGACUCUUUCGAAUUCGCUUCUUAUUGUGCUGGGUGCGCUAUCUCAACAAAGCAGCGAUUUAAAAAUGACAAAGUCUCCGAUACGCAUAGCUUUUCUCUUCGUCAUGAUAUUUAGCCUUUUGAUAUACAACUAUUACUCGGCAAGCGUCGUGUCCGUCAGGCUGGAUGAUUCCACUGCUAGGAUCAACGAUUCUCUGGUGCAGCUUGGUAAGCUGAACCUGAGAAUGGCUACCGAGGACAUGGUCUAUCUGGGCUUCUUUUUGAAGAAAGCAGACUGGGAUACGACGACGUUCUAUGAGAAUUAUUGGAAAAAAAUACCCGAGUCAAAGCAAUAUUUGGUGCCAGAGGUCGGGAUGAGUUUGGUGCGCAAAGGUGGCUUCGCUUAUCACACGCACGUAGAAAUUGCUUAUCUUUAUAUCGACAGAUUUUUCGAGCAUCGAGAAAUUUGCGAAAUCAUUGAAGUUCAUUUAGGAGGGCCGCUUAUCACGGCGUUCGGCGUUCAUCUUAACAGCACGUUCGUGGACAUGGCGAGAGUCGGUUUGAUGAGAAUCGCUGAGACGGGUCUUCGCAUUCGGCAAAUACAUAGAUGGCAGUACAGAAAACCAUUAUGCCGAAGGGAAAUUUUGACCGCCACGAGCGUCACGAUUUACGAAUUCGCACCGCACAUCAUACUUUUGCUAAUCGGCGCGGCGCUAUCCGUCAUUGCUCUCGCUGCUGAAAUAUUCAUCAGCACAAGUGGAUACAUCUAUAUUCGAUCAACGUCUCGCACCUUUGUUAAGAAGCUGCUUUCGUGUGGACAGAUUCCAACACAGAUUCGGAGUGAACAGUCUCUUUACCAAUGAUACGUUUUUUCUGUUUUAUUGCGUUAUGUAAAAUCGAUUUCCAAAUCAAUAAGCCUUACCACGCCGGUCAAAAAUAUAUAUAAAAAAUAUUUUACCAACAUUUACUUUACAUUUUAUCGUAAUAAUCGGUUAAUGAGUUUCAGAGUAUUAUAGCUAAUUGCACUUCGAGCAUUGGCUACUUAUAAUAAGAAACGAAAAAUUUCAUCGGGAAAUUUGUAUACCAACGCAAGAGAUGCGAGCUCGUAAAAGUUGCUUUCUUUCAAA